AUGGAGGUCCCGCUGCCCAGAAGAUUCGAGAUGCCCACCUUUGAGAGGUAUGAGGGUCUCUCCGACCCAAUCGACCACUUGGAUACCUUUAGGGUGCUGAUGCAGCUGCAAGGUGCUCCUGACGCCAUUAUGUGCCGAGCCUUUGCAGCAACCCUUAAGGGUAGCGCUAGAGAUUGGUACCGGACCCUGCGACUUAGAUCAAUCGGCUCCUUUUUGGAGAUGGAACAACUAUUCACCAAUCAUUUCCUCAGAAGAAAAAACCCACCGGUUGAUAUGGGGGAAUUGAUAGCCCGAGCGCAAAAGUACAUUAACUUGGAAGAGAUAAUGGACAAUAGGGGAACCCGCAUUGAGUUGAAGAGAAAAGGGAAUAAUCAGGAGAUGAGUGAAUCUUCCAAGUCCGCAAAAAGGCAUGAGAACGCACUGCUCACUAGCCCUAACAUGAGACGACUUUCCAGUAAGUUCUCCACCUACACACCCCUGAAUACACCCCGUUCUGAAGAUCACGGGCACGACACAGAGGAGUGCAUUCAUCUAAGGAGUGAAAUUGAAGCCCUAAUAAAAAGGGGAUACCUAUUAAGGUUUAUCAAAAAAGAAGAUCCACCGAGGGAACCUCGCGAGCAAAAGAGACCCAACACAAACGAUAAGGAAGAGCAAAUCAUAGGGGAAAUUGCAGUGAUCUUCGGAGAAGCUGCUAGUGGAGGAGACAACGGAGGCACUUGCAAAAGUAUUAGAAGGGAUGAAAAUGGGAAAGGAAAGACUCAAACCUAUCACAACCCCCUUGGUUGGGUUUGGUGGCGAUGUGGUUCAUCUCGUAGGGACAAUCACACUACCUGUGACCAUGGGGAUGACCCCAUAGCUAGUUACUUCAUUGACGGAGUUCUUGGUGGUUGA